GGGUCGAAUUGUCGAAGGUCUUCACCCCGGAAGAGACGGACGGGAUUGGCGGAGCCUCUGGAAAAGGAAAACAGGGCAAGAGGGCAGCAACGAAGUCGACAGGGAUGGCCGCUCAUCUGUGCUUUAUAACUUCCAUUCGGAUGACUUGACCAGCCGAAGCGACUGAGGCAUGCAAUGAUGUUGCAAGGGUACGGGAUGACGCACUGCCGCCUUGUCUCUUAACAUGCUGCAUUCAGUCUUCACCGUCCACGUGGAAGGGCGGGCUAUAUGUACACAUCGUUGCUCUGUCGAGAGUUCCGCUUGCAGACGUCCACGCUAUGCCCGGUGCUGGCCAUGUAUAUGCACCCUGGUGCAGAGUUGCAGACGUGCUUAAAUUCUGGGGUACUUUGCAGUCCACCCCCGCCUACCCCAACAUCUUGGCACCCUGCGUCUCUCUUUGUUCGGAUAUCUUUUUCAUCAUUUCUAUAUCAUCCCGUCCGGGCAUCUCAAGGAUAGUUGUGCGGACAGAUUGUGGUUGGGCUUGUAGCAUCAUCCCAGAAUACUACCAUCUAUUUCCCCCUGAAGGAACCUUCCAUGUUCCGUUACGAAACAUGAGGUUUCUGGUUUCGUCAGGGUGUCGCAUGUCAAACUUGGUUCAGAGACCUUCCAGACCUCUUUGGCUGAACGGUCGUCUUUCAUCAUGCACCAGGGGGGCCCAAGUGCACCUAAAUGCCAACUUGACGGAAAGAAAGUUGGCGAGCUCAUCCAGCUACAACAUAGGUACCCACGCAGGGCACGCUCUCCGCGGCUUUGCAAUCUAGAGGUAGUGCUGGUCUGUUUGUUAGCUUGGUACCUCGGUACUCCUAGGUGCACUGGCUGGAUGAGAUCUCUUUCGAAUUGUCUCAACCCUCUCAAGGACUAUAUAAGUGGCUGAACAGAGGUCCGAAAGGCCUCAACAAGAUCCAAUACGGUGUAAAUCUGUAUUUAUCUUGGAAAAAGCAUAUUCACAGCAUGACAACGCCCUAGGGAAGCUGACCUGAGGU